AUGUGAAUGGAGUGGGUUUGGUUUGGCUGUUGGAAGAAUGAAGUUAAAGAUCGUUAGCAGAGGAGGAGGAGGUUGAGGUGAGGGAAUGGGGACUGCAACGGCAACAGCUCCAUGGAAACAGCUGCUCCUGAAUGCCUUGGAGUCCAAUUCCCACCUCAAGCACUCUUCCUACCUUCAACUCGCGACCAUCGGAUCCAAUGGCAGACCUUCCAAUCGAACUGUCGUUUUCAGAGGAUUCGAAGAGAACAGUGAUAAGAUUCAAAUUCACACAGAUCGCCGAAGCCGCAAGAUUGAGGAGCUCAGGCACUGCCCAUUCGCUGAGAUAUGUUGGUAUUUUACUGAUUCCUGGGAGCAGUUCCGCAUCAAUGGGAGAGUAGAGGUGAUCGACGAGAUGAAUCCCGACUCGCUGAAGCGUGAGCAACGAGAGAAGGCUUGGUUCUCGUGUUCUAUGAGAUCGAGGCUGCAGUACUUGGGACCUAGUCCGGGCGUUCCCCGUCUCAAUGAAGACUUCCCCGCGGAAGCUUCUGUGGAUCCUUCCACGGGCCCUGUUGGUGCCUUCUGUUUGCUAGUCCUAGAGCCAGAUCAGGUUGAUUACUUGAACUUGAAAAGUAAUCAGAGGCUGGAGUUUACAUUUACCCGAACUGCCGGCAAAGAGAAGUGCUGGACUUCAGAGAGGAUUAACCCCUAACCUCAUAAAAUCUCUCUCUCUCUCUCUCUAUAUUCGUGAGAGACCUAAAAUCUAUCGUUACUUAUUAGGAGCAUCUGCUACUGUUCUUCUUCAUCUAGAGGCCUGACAGUGAGUUUUCGGUCGAAUUAGGAGAAUGUCUAUCUUCCCUAUGGUUGUUGUCUCUGCUGUUAUCUAUUGUCGAAAAUGUGUUUGCUGUGUCUUCCUGCUGCUGAAAGAAAUUUGAGUAAUAGUAUCACUAGAGCUCACGAACAUGUUGUACCCAAUUCUGUAUCAACCCAUUGACCUUUCUAACUAUGCUAAAAGCUGCCAGCGUACAUAUAUUCAAUCAGUUAUUGGAAUUACAA